AUGAAGCUCCUGAUUAUAUUAUUGGUGGCUGCCGCAUCCGCUGCACCACAAGGGUACAACCUACCAACGCCUUCUGGUCCAUCAUUAAGCGCUGGCGGUUGUGGCAGUGGACAGGUGCGACACGUGGAUGGCAGCUGCGUCACACCUCAAGUGAACAGUCGUGUGUUCUUGUAUGAUGUGCCGCCAAAUCAAGCUUCUUCCAGUGGGCCAGCGUAUGUUCCAAAACCUAAACUUGAGCGCAAUAUUGUUUUCGUGAGACUUCCUGAAGGUGGUCAAGGACCAGAACCCAUCGUCGUUCCUCCUCCGAGGCAACAACACGUUUUGUUCGUCCUUAACAAACAGUCUGAACAAGGUCAACAAGUGAUCGAGGUGCCAGCACCACCACCUUCGGAUCCCGAAGUGUUCUUCGUGAACUACGCAGAAGGAGAGAACCCGACUCUUCCUGGUGGAGUAGACCUCCAAACGGCGCUGAGUGCUGCUUCUCAAGGUGGCGGUCAAGUCGUAGGAGGUGGUGGCAGUGGAGGUUCUGGUGGCGGCAUCGGAGGCGGAUUUGGAGGUGGCAUCGGAGGUGGAUUUGGCGGUGGUAUUGGCGGUGGAAACGGGUUUGGAGGAGGCAGUGGAGGUGGUUUUGGAAGUGGAAUUGGAGGCGGCAGUGGAGGUGGAUUUGGAGGUGGAUUUGGAGGCGGCAGUGGAGGUGGAUUCGGAGGCGGCAGUGGAGGUGGUAUUGGAGGUGGAUCUGGCGGUGGAAGCUACAGUCCUCCUAGUCCCUCCACUGUAUAUGGUGGACCAUAAAUGUCGAAAACAUUCUGUGAUUCAAGGAUAUGUUACAGUAUAAGACUGA